CUGUCAUUGCACGCUGUUUUUGUUUUCAUGGAAGUUUAGUAAAUAUCUAAACAUAAAUUAUGAAAAUAUCACGUUUUAAGAAGUCCCACAAAACCCUGGUGUUCUUUGCCACCAAUUUCGACUACCGGGAACCCUAUCAAGUGCUUAUCGAUGCCACCUUUUGCCAAGCUGCGUUGCAACAAAAAAUUGGCAUAGAUGAGCAGAUAAAGAAGUAUUUUCAGUGUAACGUGAAACUUCUGACUACUCAGUGUGUUAUCCUGGAAGCGGAGUCCUUGGGUGCUCCUCUAACUGGAGCCACAUCGAUCGUCAAGCGAUUCUAUGUCCACAAAUGCGGACACGAGGGAAAACCAGUUGCUGCUGGUGAAUGCAUAAAAUCUAUGACUAAGGACAAUCGCUAUAUAGUUGCCUCCCAGGAUCGUCUGCUGCAAGAGAGUCUUCGUAAGAUUCCCGGUCGUUGUCUACUGUAUCUGCACAAAGCCACUCCAGUUUUGGAAGCCCCAUCUAAAGCAUCCAAAAAGUGGGUACAAAGACGCAAAAACUUAAUGCUGGGCAAACAGGCUGAAAAAAUCGACUAUAUGAAGGAAAAACAGGGCCUAAAGACUACUGAAACUGCAGUUAAGCCUAAGAAACAUAAAGGACCCAAGAACCCCAAUCCACUGUCUUGCAAAAAGAGCAAAAAGGAAAAGGCACAGCCACAAAGGAGUCUCAAAGGAGUCGAGCAAAACGCAAUAACCAAGGCGAAAAGAAAACGGGUCAAGUUACCUGCUCAUGUCAAGGCAGCAUUAGGAAAAGAUUAGAUUAAAUUUGGCUUAACAAGUAGAUAAAUAUGCAUAAGAUAAAGAAAAUUAAAGCGCAAUCUGGUAAAAAAAAAAUAGGAAUACAAAUGGAUAAAAGGCAA